AUGAAGCUUCACACAGGCGAAAAGCCAUUUAAAUGUACCUGGCCUACAUGCCAUUAUUCUUUCCUCACAGCCUCUGCCAUGAAAGAUCAUUACAGGACUCACACAGGUCUGUUUAGAAAUUAUGUCUUCAUUAUCUUCCAGGUUAUAUAUAAAACUCAUUUAUAG